AUGUCAGCAAGAGAAGAACGAAGAAAGCAGAGGGAUCUGGAUGAGGCAAGGAAGGCAGGAACCUUGCCACCAGAGAAGGACUCUGAUGGGAGCGAGAUCAAUCCGCAUAUUCCUCAGUUCAUCUCGAAAGCACCAUGGUAUGUCGACCCCGCAGGCCAAACAACCCUAAAACAUCAACGCCUCGACAAACCUUCCAACGACACCCCCACAACCUCCUCCCCCGCCACCGACUGGUACGCCCGCGGCCAACGCGCCGGUCCCGCCGCAACCAAAUACCGCCGCGGAGCCUGCGCAAACUGCGGUGCCCUCUCCCACAAAACCCAAGACUGUAUGGAACGUCCACGUAAACUGGGAGCAAAAUGGAGUGGGAAAGAUAUCCAGGCUGAUGAAGUUGUGAAGGAGUUGGAUAUGGGGUGGGAUGCGAAGAGGGAUCGGUGGAAUGGGUAUGAUCCUGAGGAACAUCGGAGCAUUGUUGAGGAGUAUGAGAAGUUGGAGGAGGUGCGACAAAAAAUUAAAGAGCAGGAAGCGGGGGGCGCAAGCGAGCCCAGGACGGCAGGAGAGGGUGCACAGGAGACCGAGGAGCUGAACGCAGCAAAAUCCAAAAACCUUCGAAUCCGCGAAGACAAAGCAAAAUACCUCAUCAACCUCGACCUAGACUCAGCCCACUACGACCCCAAAACACGCUCCAUGCGCGAAAACCCCAACCCCUCCUCCGAAUCCCAAACCGCUUCCGCUUCCGCGUUCGUUGGGGAAAACUUCACCCGCAUGACAGGCGACGCACAAACCUUCCAAGACCUCCAAGUCUUUGCGUGGCAGGCCGAGGAGAGAGAUGCGGGGAUUCAUCUCCAGGCGAACCCAACCGAAGGCGCACUGAGAGUUGCGAGGGAGAAGAAGGAGAAGCAGGAGAAGGAUGAGGAGAUGCAGCGCGUGUUACGUGAACGAUACGGGGGUGGUGCAACAAUUGGACAGCAAAAGUUGCGGGAGGAAUUGUUGUUGGCGCAGUCGGAGACAUAUGUCGAGUACUCCCGCCACGGCCUCCCUCUCAAUAAAGGCCCCAAGGGUUCGAGUAAGUCAAGGUAUGACGAGGAUGUGCACCCGAAUAACCAUACCACCGUCUUCGGCUCGUGGUGGAGUAGGAGUGAUGGGGGGAGGUGGGGGUAUGCGUGUUGUCACCAAUUCACGAAAAACUCGUAUUGUACGGGACGGGAGGGGAUCGUGGCGACUGAGGAGGCUGCUGCGCAUGCGCGAGGCAUGGCCUCCCGUGCCGAAGAUGAAGAACCUGUGAGAAAACCUGCGGUGGAGGAAGACGAGGAGAAGGGGAAGGACGGGAAGGACGGGAAGGACGGGAAGGACGGGAAGGACGGGAAGGACGGGAAGGACGGGAAGGACGGGAAGGACGGGAAGGAGGGGAGGAGGGGAAGGCAGAGAAGAAGAGGAAGGAGGUUGGAAUGGGUGUUACGGAGGAGGAUUUGGAGGAGUAUCGACGGAAGAGACGGAUGUUUGAGGAUCCGAUGGCGGAUUACAGGGAUGAUGGGGGGUUAUAGGGGUUUGAGGAGUGGUACAAAGGAAUAA